AGAAAGCUACGCCCAAGUAAAGUUAGGGAUGGAAGUAUUGAGGCUACCAAUCUCAGCAUCGCAAAGAGGGAAGCUAAUCUCAGCUGGCUAUACUUCCCUCUCUUCCAUCUCUUCCAUCUCUUCAUCUGACCUCGCUCGAGAUUUAAAAGUUUCCGAAACCGAAGCUAUGGAGAUUCUGAAGGUUGCAUCACAAAGUAGGGGAGCGGAAACCUCUAAUGCAAGUUCUUCAGUUGUUGAGGGUGCACAGAGUGCCUGGGAUAUGCUCCACGAUGAGGAAUCACUAGUGCAUAUUACUACAUCCUCUGCAGAUCUCGAUAACAUCUUGGGUGGUGGAAUACAUUGCAAAGAAGUCACUGAAAUCGGUGGAGUCCCAGGCAUCGGUAAAACACAGCUGGGGAUUCAAAUAGCUGUUAAUGUUCAAAUUCCGCAUGAUUUUGGUGGCCUGGGUGGGAAGGCAAUAUAUAUUGACACGGAAGGUAGUUUUAUGGUGGAGCGUGCUUUUCAAAUUGCUGAGGCUUGCGUAGAAGAUAUGUCAGAAUAUAACCGAUUCUUAAGGAAGGAUUUCCAAGAGUGCAAAAACAAAUUGCAACCGAAGGAUAUCCUGGAAAACAUAUUUUAUUUCCGGAUUUGCAGUUAUACGGAGCAAAUUGCCCUGAUCAAUUACUUAGACAAGUUCAUUUAUGAACAUAAAGAUGUGAAGGUGGUGGUUGUGGAUAGUGUUACCUUCCAUUUCCGCCAAGAUUUUGAUGACAUGGCUCUUAGGACUCGAGUUCUUAGUGGACUGGCUUUGAAGUUGAUGAAUCUGGCCAAGAAGUUCAGCUUGGCGGUUGUUUUAUUGAAUCAGGUGACUACUAAGCAUACAGAAGGCUCCUUUCAAUUAGCUCUUGCACUAGGUGAUAGCUGGUCCCAUUCUUGCACGAAUCGGAUCGUUCUAUAUUGGAAUGGGAAUGAAAGGUUUGCGUAUAUCGACAAGUCACCUUCUCUUCGAUCAGCAUCAGCAGCAUAUUCUGUUACAGGUAGGGGGAUUAGGAAUUCGUCCUCAAGCUGUAAACGGAUCAAAAUGAUGUAAGAUAUAGAUGGAACCAGAGAAAGGCCGUAAACCGAGGAGGGCCUUUGCUUGAAAAAAAUUAGAAAUGUGCUUCAUAGUGAAAUAU